AUCCACGAAGCAAUUUUUUAUUCCUGGGGGCUACCUAUAAAUUCACUCCGAUCCACCACCACACAACAUCGAUUCAAAAAGAUCUAAAUUUAGCAGAAAACUUGAUUAAGAAAGGCGAAAAGAGUUAAGCCCGAUUGAGCAGGGUUUGAAGAGAAUUUUGGGAAAUGGAAUCAAGUGUAGAUGUAAACUCACAGUGGCCUGAGAGCAACGAUUUGGGAUGUCCACCCUGCAUCAAGACUGUAAAUUGCGCACUGCAGGGGUCUGGAAAUGCGGUGGGGCCUGCCACGCUGGGGCGCCAUCUGGCUCGGAGGCUUGUCCAGGUGGGCGUGCGUGACGUUUUCUCAGUGCCAGGGGACUUCAAUCUGACAUUGCUGGAUCAUCUGAUUGCAGAGCCUGAGCUCAAUUUGGUGGGGUGUUGUAAUGAGCUCAAUGCCGGCUAUGCUGCCGAUGGCUAUGCCCGCUCCAGAGGCGUGGGAGCCUGUGUUGUCACUUUCACUGUUGGUGGGCUCUCUGUUAUCAACGCCAUUGCAGGGGCUUACAGUGAGAAUCUGCCGGUUAUAUGCAUAGUUGGGGGACCCAACUCCAAUGACUAUGGCACUAACCGUAUUCUUCAUCAUACCAUCGGCCUUCCUGACUUUACCCAGGAGUAUAGAUGCUUUCAGACUGUAACAUGUGCUCAGGUGAUUGUGAACAAUUUGGAUGAUGCCAAUGAGCUCAUUGACCAUGCGAUUUCUACAGCGCUUAUAGAGAGCAAGCCAGUUUAUAUCAGCAUCAGCUGUAAUCUCUCUGCAAUUCCCCACCACACUUUCAGUCAUGAGCCUGUUCCGUUCUGUCUCACAUCCAGGCUAAGCAAUCCAACAAGUUUGGAAGCAGCUGUGGAAGCUACUGCACAGUUUCUAAAUGCGGCAGUUAAGCCGGUAUUGGUUGGGGGUCCAAAGCUCAGAGUUGCUAAGGCAAAAGAUGCAUUUGGGGAAUUGGCAAAUGCUUCAGGUUAUGCUGUGGCUGCAAUGCCAUCUGCUAAGGGGCAGGUUUUAGAGACUCUUCCACACUACAUAGGAACUUACUGGGGUGCAGUCAGCACUGCAUUCUGUGCUGAAAUAGUUGAGUCUGCAGAUGCAUAUUUGUUUGCAGGGCCCAUUUUCAAUGAUUAUAGUUCAGUGGGUUAUUCAUUGCUCUUGAAGAAGGAAAAAGCUAUAAUUGUGCAGCCUAAUAGGGUAACUGUCACAAAUGGACCUACUUUUGGCUGUGUACUAAUGAAAGACUUCUUAGAAGCCCUCGCAAAGAAGUUGAAGCGCAACACAACAGCCUUUGAGAAUUAUCAGCGUAUCUUUGUACCUCAAGGUGUUCCCUUGAAAGGUGCUCCAAACGAGGCUCUUAGAGUCAAUGUGCUAUUCAAACACAUUCAGGCCAUGCUAUCAAACGAUACAGCUGUCAUUGCUGAAACUGGCGACUCUUGGUUCAAUUGCCAGAAGCUUAAACUCCCAGAGAAAUGCGGGUAUGAGUUCCAGAUGCAAUAUGGAUCAAUUGGUUGGUCUGUCGGAGCUACACUGGGAUAUGCUCAAGCCGCUCCAGAUAAGCGGGUCAUUGCCUGUAUUGGUGAUGGAAGCUUUCAGGUAACAGCCCAGGAUAUAUCUACCAUGAUUCGAUCGGGCCAGAAAAAUAUCAUAUUUUUGAUCAACAAUGGAGGUUAUACAAUCGAGGUCGAAAUUCAUGAUGGACCAUACAAUGUUAUAAAGAAUUGGAACUACACUGGUCUAGUAGAUGCCAUUCAUAAUGGUGAAGGGAAAUGCUGGACUACCAAGGUUAAAACAGAAGAGGAGGUUAUUGAGGCUAUUAAAACUGCCGAGGGACCUAAAAAGGAUUGCUUAUGCUUUGUUGAAGUAAUAGCACACAAGGAUGACACAAGCAAAGAGUUGCUUGAAUGGGGGUCUAGGGUAGCAGCAGCAAACGGCAGGCCACCCAAUCCUCAGUAGAGAGGCUUUGAAUUUGCAGAGAUGAGCAGUUAAAGAUAGCAUAACCAAAGUAGUUUACAUAACAAUAUGCAUACAUGGUCCUUAAGUCUUCUUAUUACAGAGUCCUAGCCUAGUUUUUUUCUCCAAUAACGCUAUACCUGAUAAUUGGAUGAGGUGGGUGAUUCAGUCCUCUGACAAAGGCACAACUAUAUUAUGGCAUCUUUAAGUGAAGAUUAUAGUUCUGCAGCGUAGAGUAAAUUUUGUGUAUAGGAUUUGUGGGGGCAUUUCUGAUCUCCAUAAUGAAUUUCUUUUUAGUCCAUAUUUAUUGCCAAUAAUUUUUUUGCGUUCUCAUAUUUUGAGAAUUAUGUUAUGAAAGUAAAUCAAUUUUACUAUUUGCAGCACUUGG